UUUCCGUAUGAUGUAUAAUGAUGGAUCAAGUGAUCAUGAUUGUCAUCAAUUAAAAAAAGGAUUUCAUAGAAAUUUCUUCGAAUACGAUCAAACAAAUACUGAUGAGUUUCUUCUAAAUCGUGAUUUUAAUAGUACUGCGGAAAGAUUAAUUGAAGAAGCCAAUAAAGUUGUUGUUAAAAAUUUAGAGGAUUCUAUAAACAUGAAUAAAUCUUUUGUUAUGGGACCAAAUAAACAAAUUUUACUAAGUUAUAAAUUUGGAAACACGAUGAAAUUUUUUGAACUAUGGAACAAAUAUAUACCUGAUCAUAUAAAAACAUGUAAAGAGUACAAAAUCUUAACGCUUAAAUUGCAUGUAUAUUUUGUCAUUUUACCUAAAUCUAUGUUAAUUUUAAUCCAACAAAAAAAUCAUAAUAAAGAUAAAAACAUUCCUACAACAGCCUCUACUAAAGAGGAUUCUUCUUUCAUAGAAAUAGAGAAUCAUACAAUCAAACUUGAAAAAGAUUUUAACAAAAAUAUGGCACGGCUACAGCAAUAUUUGUCUACAGAUGGUAAAGAAUUAAAAUAUGAAACUCAAUUGAGAGCAUUUUUUGCAUUACCUUACGUAGAAGAUCCAUUGUCUGAUCCAUUAUUUCGUGAAAUAUUUAAUAAGAGUUGGACAGAAAAAUUAUCUAUACACUUGCAAGAAUUUAUUGCAAAGUAUGUACAGGAUAGUGGAGAGAAUGAAGAAAUUAUGGGUGAUUGCAUUGAAUCAAGUAAGAUAUCUGAGAUUGAUAUAACUACUUCAACAAUACCUUGUAAAAUAUCUAAUACAGAUAAUUCAGAAAAAAUUGUUACCAAAAAUAAUCUACCAAUUAAACCGAAUGACAGAGAUGUACCUGACUUUUUAGGAGAUAAAAGUGAAGAACAACUUAAUAUUUCUUAUGAAAGGAAAUAUAAUAUGGAAUCAAAAAGUACACAAACGCACAGUCAUUUAAUAAAAGAUUAUCCACAGUAUUAUUUAGUAGAAAACACCGAUCAUCAAAAUAUUUAUAGAUACAAUCCAAAAUUAAUACAAUAUAAUCAAGAAUUAGCAUUAACAAAAUCCCAUUUAUAUAAUGUUCAUUCUAAUUAUAAAAAAUUAAAAUCUCGAUUUCAUAAAUUACACGGAGAUUAUCAUAAACUUCUGAGUAUAGCUGCAGAGUUAACAGCAGUUCUUGAAAAUUCAGUAAAAGGUCAAUCCGUGGAUCUACAAGGAAUGUUAGAAUCUUGUAUGAAGAUAUUUCCAGAUUUAUUUAAUCAAAACAUAAGAGAUGAAUUGCAAGUAAAAGUACAAAAAUCCGAUGAUACAAAUAAAGGAGAUAUUAUUCAGCCUAAUUUUAAUAUCAUUAAUAUAUCACCAAAAUUGUUAGAUUUUAAAAAGAUUAAAUUACAUUUAAUAAAUGGAAAUGUAAAGACAAAAUUACUUCUCUUGCAAGCAUUACGUUGGAAAAUUACUUUAAGUCAACCUGGAGAACGUGAUGAAGCUAUACACGAAUAUAUAAGUAGAGAUUUAUUAGGAUUACAUGGUCAGAUUGCCAGUGACAAUGGAAGAUCAAUUUUACCAUAUUUACUAACACCAGAAAAUGUUCCAAUGCCACAUCCAUUGCAACAAUCUACAGCUAGGUUGUUAAAUACUUUUGCUUCCUUACAAUGUGGUAGAGAUUAUUUAUCCAUGGAUUCAUCUAUAGUUAGGGUGAUAUUUAAUUGCCUCAAUGACAACUACCACGAUGGAAUAGAUUCUCUGACUUAUGAUAUGACACUGUCUACUUUACAAAAAUUAUCAUUGCGCAAGCAGCAAAGAUUAUAUAUGAUAGAUAGAGGAUUGUUGGAAUGGCUGAUUUAUCAUUUACAUAAUGAAAGUAAUACAAUGAGUUUUUAUAGAUUAAAAUAUGCAACAGCUCUUUUGAUGAAUUUAUCAUUGCAUAAGCAAGCUCAGAUUAGAAUAUCUACAACAGCAUCAUUACUCAUAUCAACUCUUAUAAUGCUUCUGGCAAUUGAUCAUCCUUCUGUAUCACCAUAUGUUAAUGGAGCAUUAAAUAAUUUUCUUGCAAAUGAUCAAAUAAAUAAUGAAGCAAAACAUGUAAAUCUUUCAUCUAUAUUGGAACAAUUAUGUAAAAAUAAAACUGGAGAAAUGAGGGAAUAUCUGGAACACAUUCUGAAAGUACAUAAACGUGAAUGUACUAUUGAUAUAGAGGAUGACGCAAUUUCAGAUAAUGAUAAUGAAGAAUUUGAUGUAUUGGAAAAUGAAUUAGAGGAGAAUGAUCCUGUUAAAAAUCAUAAAGCAGAAUUAUAUGGAGAAGUAUUGUUGUCAACAUGUUACAUGAUUACACCAGAUGUAUUUCAGAAAGAAUCUGUAGCUAUCAGUAAAGCCUUGACAAAAACCUCUGAUGCAAAAUUACUGCCAUUACAAAACAAUAAGAAACAUAAUCAGUCUUGCAGUAAUACUAGUUUAUCAUUACUUGAACAUGUUCAAAGAUUCACACGAAAAGAAAAAAGAGAAAGAAGCAAAGAUAAAUUAGUUAAUCAAAAUAGUAAUAGUAUGAUACAAUUAUCUGAAAGCAAAAUAGUUUCAAAUAAAAAACGUACAAAUAAUUUUAACAAUACUUCACAAACAAUAAAUUUGCCUAGUGAAUCUAAUAGGAUUUGUUAUAAACAUACUGAAAAAACUAUGUCACAUAAUAUAUCAUACAAUCUUGAUGAAAAUAUGACAAAUUUAACUUCUGUAUCAAAAAAACAUAAUACAAUGAAUGCAGAAUAUGCAAAAGAUGAAAGACAGAAUAACAGAGGAUUGACUAAUUCAAAUUCUAAAAAAAUGAGUGCAUUUAAGCAAAAUUAUUUAAAGAAAGCUAUGACUGAUGAUCUUACAGUAUAUUUAUAUGAAAACCAAACUUCCAAAGAAAGUAGUACAAUGACAAUAUCAUCUUCAAUGACUUUAGAAUCUACGCAUGAAAAUAAAAAAGGACUAGAAAAAUUCAGCAGUAUUGCAUCAUUGAGUAACAUAAACAAUGAUAAUGACAAAUUAUUUGAUAAUGCUGCCAAUGCAAUUAAAUUUAAAUGCGAUAAAGAAGAAGAAGCAUUUUUGGCCAAACCAAAAAUUUCAAGGACGCCUCCUUGUUUACAUUAAUGUACAUGCGUGCGUAUAAUGAUAUGACUGAAAAUAUGAAUCUAUAAACAAAUGAUAGCAAAUAAUAAACAUCCAAUUACUUAACAAAAAAUUUAUUUUAAAUAGUAUAAAAAGUAUUUUUUUU